AAAAUAUAGAAAAUGCUAUUUAUUAUACGAGAAGGUUUUAGAAAAUGGAUGUUUAAAUUUUUGAAGGAAAUCAGAUACACUUUUACAACAAUUAGAAAUUCAAAGUUAAAAUCUAUCACAAUUACAAAUUCCAUUGAAAAUGUUAUCUGCUGGAUGUUCAGCGACUUCUUCAUUGUUUCAUUAAAAUAUAUUUUCAUAUCGUAAAUUUUUGGAACUUCAUCUCUAUAUCAGAAAAUAUUAUGAAAAAUUUGUGCUUUUUAUUACACCAUAAACUGAUAAACACAAUAGUUUUAGUUUUUAUAAGAUGGCAGUCUUU